GGGCGUGACGGCCCUGCUGACACCGUUCCGGUUCCGGGGAGACGAAGAGGAAGGGCGGCCGGUGCCCGGUUCUUGAAGGACCAGGGGAGGCGCGGCGGGGGCGGCUCCCUCCCUCUCUGCCUCCGCCGGGGUCGUCCUCCAGCACAGAACAACAGAAAAACUGGCUGAAACUAUCGCUCAGACAAGCUCUGUACGCUUGACAAAGAAGUGUGAGGAUGGGAAAUAGCGCAUUAAAAGCCCACCUGGAAACAGCACAGAAAACUGGUGUGUUUCAGCUAACAGGAAAGGGACUUACAGAGUUUCCUGAAGAUCUGCAGAAGCUAACGAGCAACUUGAGGACAAUAGAUUUGUCAAACAACAAAAUAGAGCUCUUGCCACCACUCAUUGGAAAGUUUUCCUUUUUGAAGAGCCUUGUUCUAAACAACAACAAACUGACUGCUCUGCCUGAGGAGCUGUGUAAACUGAAAAAACUGGAAACACUGCAUUUGAAUGGCAAUCACUUGAGGCAGCUACCAGCUGCGUUUGGACAACUUUCAGCUCUCAAAACCCUGAGUCUUUCUGGAAACCAGCUUCGGACUGUGCCAACGCAACUCUGUGGUCUUCGUCACUUGGAUGUGGUAGAUCUUUCCAAAAACCAGAUCCAAAAUGUACCUGACACUGUGGGAGAAUUGCAGGCUAUCGAACUCAAUUUGAAUCAGAACCAGAUUUCCCAGAUCUCAGUGCAGAUCUCCCACUGUCCACGCCUCAAAGUCUUGCGUUUAGAGGAAAACUGCUUAGAACUCAGCAUGCUUCCUCAAAGCAUCCUCAGCGAUUCCCAGAUCUCACUGCUUGCAGUUGAAGGAAACCUCUUUGAAAUCAAGAAACUCAGAGAACUGGAGGGUUAUGACAAGUACAUGGAACGGUUUACAGCUACAAAGAAGAAGUUUGCGUGAUCAUUGUUCUGAUCCUCUGUGUCCCUGAUAAGAAGAGUUAGUGACUGAGGCACCCGCUUCACAGACCUGAAGCAAGACUGGUGAAGGAAAUGAUCAGAGUACUCCCCUGUAGCAGUUGUACAGUCUGUUAAGGCCAUAUUGAAUAAACUGGAACUAGAGAACACGGGUA